AUGACCACUUCGCAGUGGACUCCAUUGAGUCCCUGCUCAUCUCAAGAUCCAGAUACCUGGUUUACGGAGAUGCAACCAAUCCCGACUCUCGAUAGUCACGGCGGCGAAGAUAUCUCCCGCUCAUCUUCCCCUUCCACAACACGGCAGAUCGGCGAAAGGCAGAGAGUUAAUGCCAAACAUUUCUCAUCCCGUACGCCACUUAUUCGCGAGCCGUCACUUCCGUCGCUACCACCAAAUGCAACCGGUGUUCCGACUGUUAAAAACCGGCUUUACAUUAAGGAUUUGUUGGCAGCCGCCAUUUCCCUUGUAUGCUUUGCAUUGAGUUUCAUUGCAGUAGAAAACAACGAAGUCUCGUGGAGGCUAGGACAAGGAACUAACCAAUUAGUCGUAUUGGGCUUUUUACUUAGUAUUAUGAACCUGUGUCUGGGCAGCGUUGCGCCAACUUUGUUCCUUCUUCUCGAAGCCAAAUUUGGAUCCUCGACACUUCAGAAUUAUGACGGUAUUCUUCGAAAUCAGGUUCUUGCAUCGAAGCUUGGGAAAGUCUGGAGACUCGUUCUUGGGACCAUGUUAGCUCUCCCGAUAUUCCUUAGUGUUGCAUAUAAGAGGUUCGGAGGCGGCGAGAGCUCGAAGGUAUUCAAUCCGACAGCCUACACGGGCAAUACUUCCUAUUACGGCAUGUUUGCUCCUCCAGGUCUGCAAUUUCUUGGCGAACGGACAGGAAUCAUGUUCUUUGCAAAUUCAACACUGCCUUUCUUGGUGGCAACAUCCUCAACAGACGAUACUGGUGCUGAGCCGCCACUUCCAAGCCAAGAGCAAUCCUACGGCUAUAAUAUUCUCUUGCUGAACAACGAGAGCACGGCGAUACUAGACAUACCACAGCCCGACUACGUGUCUUCUGUGCAGGGUUCACUUGCAAUCGGAGAAUCAUGGCGUCUUACUGCACCAGUUCUUCUCGAAGGCUCUUGCAACGGCAAUGUCCUACCUUACGCAAAGCAACUCAUCAUUACCGAUAUCAAUUUCUUCGUUGGCUAUUACUAUAUGCCGAGUCUAAUCCAAUUCUUGGGUCCCUUUGCAACCACUCGAAACGGAUCUGUUUGGAAUUAUUCAUAUAUGGCAACUGGUAUAGCGGCUAUGCUGUGGUCUCGGAUAAUCGCUGUGGAAGGGGCUGCUGGCGGGGCCGCUGAAAUAAACGCGACGCCGUUUUGGGUAGCAGGAAAUAACAGCGUAACAAACCCUACCCUCGAGGACGUUGGGCUUAUAUACCCAAUAAACGACAAAGUUGUGUAUACUCGCCCGACAUUGCGAAAAUCUCGUUGGCUUUACUUAGUUCUCGGAACACAGCCACUGUUGCUACUUGUUGUUAUACUGCUAAGUAUAAGCCUCUAUUCAACACCGCUAUCUAAUGGCUUCGGGAUGAUAGCAAUCCUCUCGGGCAUCGAUCGCAUAAGUCUUGAUAGCUUAGGUGGGGCAGCGCUUUCGGGAGAGCUUGCUACGAGCAUGAAGUUAGCUAUACAAACUUCUGAAAAGGAUAAUACGGGGUCCAUAGGGUACCAAGUUAUGCCUACUACGAACCACCUUAGGAACGGAAAAUUGGAAACAAGUGUUGUUUAUCAUUGA